AUGAAACAACCUUAUGAAUACACCUCUCCCUCAGAGACGGCACCACCUCCAACCACGAACACCUCCACCCCAAAGACAGCACCACCUCCAACCACGAACACCUCUACCCCAAAGACAGCAACACCUCCAACCACGAACACCUCCACCUCAGAGACUGCACCACCUCCAACCACGAACACCUCUACCCCAAAGAUGGCACCGCCUCCGACCACGAGACACCUCUACCCCAAAGAUGGCACCGCCUCCAACCAUGAACACCUCUCGCUCACCCUCGAGUUCAAUAGGACAAUCACCAGAAAACACCACAAUAUCAGAUGCGCUCAGCUGGCAGAAAGUCAUGCAGAAGACACCCUCCAGCUCGUGACCCAGUCCACUGCAAUGCAUGAUGUCCAACCCGGGACGGCACCAGUGGAGUGA